AUGGGUGCACCACAUUCGCCUGGUUGUUUGUUGGAUGCUAUGCAACGACUUUGUGAUGAGGCUCGCAGUGACUUUUUGGGUCUCUAUCCGCAUCUGAUAAAGAACGGCAAUGUUCCAGUGUGUUUCUGCUUCUAUAUGGACGAUUUAGUCGUAGGAGCAGAUUCUGAAAAGCUCCUUAAUUUGGCUGUCAGGUGUCUUCUUCGUGUCUGUGAUCGGCACGGCUUCAACUGUAGUGAGAAGAAGAGGCAGAUAGGAUCUCCUUGUGGUGAAGAUUCUGCUCAAGUACUGGGUCUUCUAUGGAAUAAGAAUGACGAGAUAUUCAUUGUACCACCCGAUGUCUCGUCACUACCACCACCAUUGUCCACUCCUUCUGAUGACUCUUUGUGUGUCGUGACUAUCCGUGAUUUGAUGGGCUAUGUUGCCCGUAUAUACAACCCAUUGGGGUUCGUGGGUCAUCUUAUCUUUGCUAUGAGACUUAUCAUUCGUGAUGAAUCCGAACGGACCACCGACG